UUAUGUUAUAGAGAUUGUCUAAAGUUAUAAGAAGACCAAUGUUCUGGCAUGGUACACAUCAUCACGAUAGUAAUGAUGCUACAAAGAGAUUAUUUGACACAGUUUCAAGUACAGUGAAAGGAAUUCAGUAAAUAAACUAUGUGGUGGAACAUGAUCCAAAACUUACAGCUGAAGAGAAGUCUAAAAUGAAGCAAUUCUUGAUUUAUAGAUAUGAUCCAGCAGUAGGAAUAAAUACAUAGAUUUUAGGAUGAGAAUGACUUUCCAAAAUAUGUGAGUUACUAUGUGGACUUGAAGAAGAUACCCCCUAUGUAUUUGGAUGCAUUAUUGUACAUCAAAGACAAUUAUGAUUCCUCUCUCUCCCUUCGUCGUUCUUGCAGAGAAGGUAUCUGUGGUUCAUGUUCAAUGAAUUGCAAUGGUCUUCAUAAAUUGGCAUGCAUUCAUGCAAUUGAUACUGAUUUAACAUAGCCAGCAUACAUCACACCUUUAGGUCACAUGUUCGUCGUAAAAGACCUUGUAGUUGAUAUGACUAAUUUCUACACUUAAUAUAAGACUAUCGACCCAUAUUUAAAAAGAAAGACACCAAAAGUAUUUGAAUCAAAUUUUAUCAUAAUAGGAAGGAAACAAAGAAUAUAUUUAAUCAGUUGAUGAUAGAAAAUUAUUAGAUGGUCUUUAUGAAUGUGUGUUAUGUGCAUGUUGUUCUACAUCUUGUCCCUCAUAUUGGUGGCAUCCAGAUAGAUAUCUCGGUCCAGCUGUGCUUAUGUAAGCAUAUAGAUGGAUUGUUGAUUCUAGAGAUGAAUAUACAGAUGAAAGAUUAGAAAAAUUAGGUAUUUCUUACAUUCUUACAUAUAGCUGAGGAUGUUAAGGUUGAAGAUUGUUAAAAUAUUGGUAUGUGCUCUUUUACAUGCCCUAAAGGACUUGAUCCAUAAAAAUCUAUGAAUCAUUUAAUGAAAUUGAUUGAAGAAUAUAAAGAAAGAAAGAUUGCUUCUGCCACAUUAUGACAUUAUCAUAACAUAAAAUAAUAA